GGAAGCGGAAUGUUGAUGUAAAGAGUAUUAUUAAAAUGGUUUGGUCAGAACGGAAUGGUUGCAAAUCCUGAUAAAUUUCAGUUGAUCAUUUUACAACACCAACCUCUAUUUUGUCGCAACAACAUGUCAAUCAAUACGUCACAGCAAGUAUAAUUAACAAAGUGGAAACAUUGAUUGGGGCAGGAGAUUCCAUAUUUGGUGGCUAUCAUAGAGCUAAAGCCGCAACUGAAGCUUACGGAAAAUUAAUUCGAGGGGAAAAUGAUGCUGCCAAAACUGCAUUAGAGCAAGCGUUGACUACUUUGAUCGUUUUAGAUAUGGGGUCUCUUGUUCCAAUUUCAAGUCAAGAUAUUGUGGAAAGCUUUGUCAAAUCUAAGGCUUUUUCAGCUACAAAAGAGGCCGUUCGCAAUUACAAUUCAAAAAUGUUACUCAAAGCACAGGAAGCUGCUAGAUACAGAAAUCACCCGCAACCGAAAACCUAUAAAAAAAUGAUGGAACUGGAAUCGUCUUUGGAGGAUAUGAAAGAUUUAAAAAUUGAUGCUUUCAAAACAGAAGUUAAAGCUAUCAAAACGUCCAACCCUGGGUUAUAUAAAAAACUUGGAAAAGCGAAAAAAUGGCUAAAAAUUGGUGGAAAAGCUGGGAAAGCACUUGGUCCUUUACUCGAUGUAAUAUCAAUAGGAGUAAAUGUUUGGGCUUUGACUACAUCCGAACCUGGAUCUCCUGAUUAUGUUUCUGCCGCAAUUAGCAUUGCUGCUGGUGUGGUUGGAGUUGUGGGAUUCUUCGCAGCAUUAGCGCUCGGAGCACCAAUCAUUGGAACAGUGGCUGCUAUUACUGGGGCCAUUCUUGGUAUUGUAGCAACCUUAGUACCAUACAUGAUGUCUACACCGAAAUAUACAAUACAAAUGGCGCUAGAGGACAAAUUCAAAGAUGUUGUAACUUACAGGGACAAAGCUGUCGAAAUGUCUCAAAGUGCUACUGAUUUUCUUAAAAAGACUGAAGCUCACGACUGGGAUUUCUGCUAUGUGAUGUCACAAACUAACAUCGUCCGUUGGAAGGCUUCCGCUGAUGGUCAGUCCGCUGAUCUUAUCCAACAGACGGCACAGGGUGAUGGAAAUAAAGUCUUACCAAAAGAUCUGAACAAUGUGGAAUUUGGUGAUUUUAAUCCAGCGUUUAAUGACCGUGAUUCCAAUGCAGUUCGAAAUCCCUACGCUGAUAACAAAAAUAACCAGUAUCUCAAUUGUCUACCUUACAAAGGACAGGCCAAUGUAAAUGGUGUUCUACAGCAUGCAACACAGAAAUUACCUAGAAGUGCAUACAGUUGUAACAUAAAAAAUCGACCUGGAUUAACCUACUUGGAAAAAGUCGGCUUCGAUUUUGUUGGCUUAAAGAACACCAGAACAGAAGAACAUAACAAGGGAUUGAUUGUGCUUUGCCUUACUAACUACGUCCAAGAAGUUUCUGAAAAGUACCGUGGGCUUGAUGUAAGAACAGAAACAUCACGGACACCUGCAGUUCAUCGAAAUGGAAAUGACGUAGUUCUGUUAGACGACAUGCGCAAAUUGCAGUCAGGGAAAAAGAUUAAAGUCUUGACUGGUGGAGGAAAUGACGUUCUUGCAAUUACACACUUUUUGUUUCCAAAAGAGGCAAGAGACCAUACACGCAAUCCUGGAGAUCGUACAUCUGCGUUGCUUGAAGCUGAUCUUGGGACUGGCUAUGAUGUUCUGUCGUUUGCAGGCAUGUCCCAUAGUAUUGGCCACCUAGCAAAAAAGGUUUAUAAAGGAGACACGAGUGAAAAAAUGUACUUUAACGGAAUUUAUUAUCGAGUAAGUGAUGGGAAACUAGGAUAUCGAUAUUAUUACCGAAAAAUAAGGUGGAGCCCAAAUCGUGGUGGGCAGGUAUCAAUAAGUUGGUCAGAUACUUGGCAACAUAUGAGAAGGUUCGUCGGAAAUGUAGAAGGAGUUAAAUUGUUUGAUUCAAGUCCAUUUGACGAUGUAAUCAGCCUGGAUCUAGGAGAUGAUUAUGACAAAGAUAAUAAGAAUGUUGAAAAUUUUGCUGUUAUUAAUCACCGCGGAUAUAACCGCUACACAUUAACAAUCAGAGAAUCUGAUAACGACGGUUACAUCAGAAAGUAUGUAAUUAUCGAUAAAAGUGAUGACAAGCCACAAGUUGAAUUGACUUUACCAGGUGAAUACAGAAACAAGUUAGCGUUGAAGAAUGACAAAGUACUAAUGCUUUAUGGAGAUGAGGAAGAUGGAGCAAGAAAGCAAAUCUUCAUUAUGAAAAUGUUAGAUCUGAAAACCACUUUUCAUCUAAAGGUGAAUGGUAGAGGAGUCUCGCUCAGUAGUCUACCCGUGUCUUACACAGAUGGAAGAAUAAUAGAAGUAAACAUGAAUACAGCAACUACUGCUGGCUCUCCACAAAAUGAUGAAGUCAAACUUGUUUGCGGUUCAAAAAGCGACUUAGAAAAUGAUCAAGACAUAUCUAUUGAUCUCGGAGAAGGAUCUAAAGAUACGGUUGUCAUUAGUGCUAAGUCUUUUAUCGAGACUUGUGACAUUGGUGUGGAAAAAGACUUUGAAGAUGGAGCGGAAAGUGAUGUGGACUAUGAGGUGUCCAUGGAGUUUGACGCUACUUCACCAAUUCCUUCUAUUGUUUUAUCAACUGGUGAUAAUGAAAAGCGGAUCUCUUUAACGGGUGUUGAAAGGAUUACAAAUGACAUGGGAACGACUGUUUUGGAUUUGACACAAAGUGGAAUUGGUAAUAUCGAUCUAUUUAAAAAGUAUCAACAAUCCAUGAAAUUUGAUUCAAUUGCGGUUACAGACAAUGCUCCCUUCUUUGGCGGUGGUUCAAAUUUGGUUCUAAGUACAAAUGAGCUGUACGUUGAGGAUUCGUUAUCAUUUAAAAUUGUUUUCAAGCCAGAAAUUCGUCAAUCGACAUUGAUGGUACUUGGUGACAAUACGAUAUACAUAUCAUUGGCGAUUUUAAGGGAUGGCACUCUUCGUGUUGGGUCUGAAGAUAAAAAAAUUCAAGCCGGUCAUGUUUUGAUGGGAGGUUGGAACACAGCGUCUGUGAGUCUCACAGCUGGCAAAAUUACUGUGAAAUUAAACGGUAUAAAUCAUGAAAAGAACUGGCCUGGUGAAAUACCAGCUUUUGAAGAUUUGACAGUUGGUUACAUUAAUGACGUCGAUAGUUUCGAGAAUUAUGAAACAAACAUUGGCGUGAACAAAGGAUUCAGAGGAGAAGUGUUGGAGUUGAUUCUCAACGAGAAAAAGAUGGGUCUUAACUAUGGAAGUACUGAUUACAAAUCCAGUACAAAAAUGCGAGAGUAUGGGAAGGCGAAUGCACAUGUUGUAGGAGGAAAGUAAUUAGAAAAGAACUGAGAAAUGGAAAAAGAAAAUUACGAAAAAAAACAAUCGAAGGAUGAUCA